UGUAACGGUGACGUGUCUUUCUCCUCCUCCUCCCGGUGGCUCAGUCAGUCAGUCAGUCAUUGAGAUUCACUCCGAGCUGAUUUUCACUGGAGGGGAAAGGAUAUACGACCAUUGUUAAGGCAACAUGGGCAUUAAAUUCUUGGAGGUAAUAAAGCCGUUUUGUGCGGUACUACCAGAGAUCCAGAAACCUGAAAGAAAGAUCCAGUUCAGAGAAAAGGUGCUAUGGACGGCAAUUACUCUCUUCAUCUUUCUUGUGUGUUGCCAGAUUCCGCUUUUUGGCAUAAUGUCCUCAGAUUCUGCAGAUCCAUUUUACUGGAUGAGAGUCAUCUUGGCUUCAAAUAGAGGUACUCUGAUGGAGCUGGGUAUCUCACCCAUUGUCACCUCAGGCCUGAUAAUGCAGCUGCUGGCUGGAGCUAAGAUCAUUGAAGUUGGAGACACCCCAAAGGAUAGAGCGCUCUUUAAUGGAGCUCAGAAAUUGUUUGGGAUGAUCAUCACCAUCGGCCAGGCCAUUGUUUAUGUGAUGACUGGCAUGUAUGGAGAUCCAUCAGAGAUGGGUGCAGGGAUCUGUUUGCUCAUCAUCAUUCAGCUGUUUGUUUCCGGGCUGAUUGUGCUGCUCCUGGAUGAAUUGCUCCAAAAGGGCUAUGGCCUCGGUUCAGGAAUCUCCCUGUUCAUUGCCACCAACAUCUGCGAGACCAUCGUCUGGAAGGCCUUUAGUCCCACCACAGUGAACACUGGAAGAGGAACAGAAUUUGAGGGAGCAGUCAUCGCUCUUUUUCACCUCCUCGCCACGAGGACUGACAAAGUGCGGGCUCUCCGGGAGGCCUUCUACAGGCAGAACCUCCCCAACCUCAUGAACCUUAUCGCUACAGUGUUUGUCUUUGCUGUAGUUAUAUACUUUCAGGGAUUCAGAGUGGAUCUGCCCAUCAAAUCUGCUCGCUACCGUGGCCAAUAUAACACAUAUCCCAUCAAGCUUUUCUACACCUCCAACAUUCCCAUCAUCCUGCAGUCUGCCUUGGUCUCCAACCUGUAUGUUAUCUCCCAGAUGCUUUCCACACGCUUCAGUGGGAAUUUCCUGGUGAAUCUGCUUGGAACGUGGUCUGAUGUAACAUCAGGUGGCCCAGCUCGUGCCUAUCCUGUCGGAGGACUUUGCUACUACCUCUCUCCACCAGAAUCUUUUGGUUCUGUUCUAGAGGACCCAGUCCAUGCAAUUAUUUACAUCUUUUUCAUGCUCGGCUCAUGUGCCUUUUUCUCCAAAACUUGGAUUGAAGUUUCAGGCUCUUCUGCAAAAGACGUAGCGAAGCAGCUGAAGGAACAGCAGAUGGUGAUGAGAGGACACAGAGAAACCUCAAUGGUUCAUGAACUGAACAGGUACAUUCCAACCGCUGCUGCCUUUGGUGGACUUUGCAUCGGCGGUUUAUCGGUGAUGGCGGACUUUCUCGGUGCCAUCGGUUCUGGCACCGGUAUCUUACUGGCUGUCACCAUCAUUUAUCAGUACUUUGAAAUCUUUGUGAAAGAACAAAGUGAAAUAGGCAGCAUGUCGGCCAUGUUCUUCUAAAAAAAAAAGAAGCUGUGAUCCUGCCAUCUCCUGCCAGCUUUUAUUGAGUUUUGUCUGUAUUUCAUUUUUGUUCU